AUGAGCAACAUGAAGAACAAAACAGCCAAGUUGUUGAAGAAAAUCAUAGCCGGUUUAACCUUAAUGGCAAAGUCAAAAACUAUGGCUUUAAAGUCUAAAGCAAACGCCGUCAAAGCUCGUUUGAUUAUAUUCUCACUCAUGAAGAACAAAAAGUUCCUCAUGAGUUCAAUUUCAGAUAAAUUCCAUUCCAUUUGGGGGAGCCAUUCUCAUCAUCAUUCCAAGGAAGAUUGUUUGAUUGAAGAAGGUGUCAGUUCUGAUGAUCGUCAUCGUAGAACCAUGGUUAUUUAUAACAACAAUGCUCGCACUUACGAAGCGUUGCAAAAUCCAAGUGAGUUAGCACAAGUUGUGGAUGAACAAGAUCAAGAAGAUGGUUACUAUGAGGAUGAUGAUGAUAAGUACCCUGACUUGACUCACAGUCUUUUUGAUUCCGAGGAAUUGGAUUUUGGAGGAUCAGUGAUUGAUAGGGUGAAGAAUUGUAAGGAAGAAGCGGGGAAAGAGUUUAAACUUGAAGAUGACAUUGAUGAAGUUGCUGAUCUUUUUAUCAGAAGGUUUAGAAGAAAUAUAAUCUUGCAGAAACAAGAUUCAUUGAAGAGAAAGAGAGAAAUUGCGCAAAAUGGUACUUGA